AUGGCCUGGAGUCUCCGCGGGAAAGCCCAGCUUGGAGGACUGCUCCUCUCUCUCCUCGGCUGGGUCUGCUCCUGUGUCACCACCAUCCUACCGCAGUGGAAGACUCUCAGUCUGGACCUGAACGAAAUGGAGAUCUGGGUCAUGGGACUUUGGGAGGUCUGCGUGAAUCAGGAGGAAGUUGCCGUGUGCAAGGCCUUUGAGUCCUUCUUGUCUCUGCCCCAGGAACUCCAGGUAUCCCGCAUCCUGAUGGCAGCCUCCCACGGGCUGGGGCUACUGGGGCUUCUGCUCUCUGGCUUUGGGUCCGAAUGCUUCCAGUUGCACAGGAUCAGAUGGGUAUUUAAAAGACGGCUUUGUCUCCUGGGAGGGACUCUGGAAACAUCAGCUGCAGCCACUACCCUCCUCCCAGUCUCUUGGGUGGCCUACGCCACCGUCCAAGACUUCUGGGAUAAUAGCAUCCCUGAGAUUGUGCCUCGCUGGGAGUUUGGAGAUGCCCUCUACCUGGGCUGGGCUGCUGGGAUUUUCCUGGCCCUCGGUGGGUUAGUCCUCAUCUUUUCAGCGUGUCUGGGAAAAGAAGAUGUGCCCUCCCUCCAGAUGGCUGGCCCUACAGCCCCACCAUUCUAUGCCCCAGAGGAUGAGUCCAGUGACUCCUUCUAUCUAACACCAAGACCCAGGAACGUAUUCAUCUAG